AGAGAUGACUUCCUUGGACAGGUUGAUGUGCCACUUAACCAUUUGCCAACAGAAGAUCCCGCAAUGGAGAGGCCAUACACUUUUAAAGACUUUUUGCUUAGACCAAGAAGUCAUAAAUCCCGAGUGAAAGGAUAUCUGCGCUUAAAAAUGGCCUAUUUACCCAAGAAUGGAAGUCAGGAAGAAGAAAAUGGAGAGCAAAGAGAAGAGCCAGAGGUUUGGGAAGUGGCUGAUCCUAAUGAUGCAGGAUCACAACGGCAACAGCAGCUACCUCCAAUGCCCCCGGGAUGGGAAGAGAAGAUUGAUAAUUUGGGCCGUACCUACUACGUCAACCACAACAACAGGACCACGCAGUGGAAACGGCCAACAUUUGUGGAUUUGGCAACUGAAACUGAAAAUGACAACCAUAUCAGACAAAUCAACCAAGAAGCUCACAGGGUGUUCCGCUCCAGACGACACAUCAGUGAAGACCUGGAGCACGAGCAAAUUGAGACGAGGGAUAUUGAUGAUACUUGGGAUUCGAUCUCUGAAGAGGUCAGCCUUCCCGGGGACACCCUGAACCAGUCUCUUCCUCCACCUGCCUCGCCAACUGCAGCUCCUCAGAGCAGCCCUCAAGACUUCUCAGAAGAGCUGAACCGCAGACUACAGCUCUGUCCUGACACAAAUGGCGAGCAGCUGGGCAUGGUUAUGCAGAGUCAGCCAUCAUCCAGACUGCGGUCAGCUAGUAUGACGGAUGGAGUCAGUGAACAGGCUCAGCCUCUCCCUCCGCAGAAUAACGAGUCUAGGAGAGCCCGUGCCCAAACAGUUAUUGGUGGCGAAGACCAAAUGCAGCCAUCACCUAUGGCCUACUUGCAUACCACUCCUGGUUUGCCUCCAGGAUGGGAAGAGAGGAAAGACAUAAAAGGUCGCACCUAUUAUGUCAACCAUAACAAUCGUACAACUACCUGGACCCGUCCUAUCAUACAGCAUACAGAAGACGGGGCCUCCACCUCAACCUCAAACCUCAACAGCCACCUAAGUGAGCCCCAGCUCAGGCGGCCUCGCAGCCUCAGCUCUCCAACAGUAACCCUGUCAGCCCCACUCGAGGGUGCCAGCACUGUUCCCAUUCAUCGAACUGUAAAAGACACAUUUUCCAACCCCCAGUCCCCACAGCCGUCUCCGUAUAGCUCUCCCAAACCACAACACAAGACGCAGCAGAGCUUUCUACCCCCUGGUUGGGAAAUGAGAAUAGCUCCUAAUGGCCGUCCCUUCUUCAUUGAUCACAACACUAGAACUACAACUUGGGAAGAUCCACGAUUAAAAUAUCCUGUACAUAUGAGGACUAAAGCAUCUCUAGACCCAAGUGACCUUGGUCCUCUGCCUCCUGGCUGGGAAGAGCGAGUACAUGCUGAUGGAAGGACAUUCUACAUAGACCACAACAGUAAAAUUACGCAGUGGGAAGAUCCAAGACUGCAGAAUCCAGCCAUCACAGGCCCGGCAGUGCCAUACUCUAGAGAAUUCAAACAAAAGUAUGACUACUUCAGGAAAAAAUUGAAGAAACCUGCGGAUAUCCCUAAUAGAUUUGAAAUGAAGCUUCACAGAAAUAACAUAUUUGAGGAAUCUUACAGAAGAAUUAUGUCCCUAAAGAGACCAGACAUCCUCAAAGCUAGACUGUGGAUUGAGUUUGAAUCAGAGAAGGGGCUCGAUUAUGGAGGAGUAGCCAGAGAGUGGUUCUUUCUGCUUUCCAAGGAAAUGUUUAAUCCUUAUUAUGGCCUUUUUGAAUACUCUGCCACAGAUAACUACACACUUCAGAUUAAUCCCAACUCUGGCCUCUGUAACGAAGAUCAUCUGUCUUAUUUUAAAUUCAUUGGACGAGUAGCAGGAAUGGCCGUGUUCCAUGGCAAGCUGUUAGAUGGUUUCUUCAUCAGGCCCUUUUACAAGAUGAUGUUAGGAAAGCAGAUUACACUGAAAGAUAUGGAAUCAGUGGAUAGUGAGUACUACAACUCUUUAAAAUGGAUUCUGGAAAAUGACCCAACAGAGCUGGAUCUCAGAUUUUGCAUAGAUGAAGAAAACUUUGGCCAGACGUACCAAGUGGACCUGAAGCCCAGCGGAUCUGAAAUGGUUGUAACAAAUGACAAUAAAAAAGAAUACAUUGACCUUGUGAUUCAGUGGAGAUUUGUAAAUAGGGUCCAGAAGCAGAUGAAUGCUUUUCUAGAGGGUUUUACUGAGCUCAUUCCAAUCGACUUGAUAAAAAUCUUUGAUGAAAAUGAGCUUGAGUUGCUCAUGUGUGGCCUUGGGGAUGUGGAUGUGAAUGACUGGAGGCAGCACACCGUCUACAAGAAUGGCUACUGUCCAAAUCAUCCUGUCAUUCAGUGGUUCUGGAAGGCUGUGCUGCUCAUGGAUGCAGAGAAACGUAUCCGUUUACUUCAGUUUGUUACUGGAACAUCUCGCGUGCCCAUGAAUGGGUUUGCUGAGUUAUACGGUUCCAAUGGUCCUCAGCUUUUCACAAUCGAGCAGUGGGGCACUCCUGACAAACUUCCAAGGGCGCAUACUUGCUUUAACCGCUUGGAUCUGCCAACCUACGAGUCUUUUGAAGACUUGCGUGAAAAGCUUUUAAUGGCUGUGGAAAAUGCUCAAGGAUUUGAAGGAGUCGACUAAAGAAAAUGGAAGCCAUGCCCAGCUCUGUGACAUUUUCUUUAGUAUGUAUUAGGAGUGACUCUACGGUGGCGCUGUCUUCUAUGACUGUAACUAUUCUGAAUUCCUGGUCGUCACAUGUAACCUCUACAUUACGCUGAUGUUAAUAAUACGGACUUCUGCGUGCAAAGAGAAACGGUGGCCCACUUUCUGUCCUUGGGUCAAGGCACAAUGUGAUAAUAGUACACUGAAAACGUUGGGCUCACUUUUUUUACUGCUAUUGUAUUACGCCUUGUGUUUACUUUAGGAAUGAUGCAGAAUUUGUAAGAUUUGUCUGCCAUUUAAAUGGCCACAGCAUUAACCAAGAACCUUUUCCCAGCUAAACUUCUUCACGCCUGUUUAACAAGAAUGUAUCCACUGGAUUGUUUUCUAGGUCUGUUAACAUGAAAUCAGUUAUAAAAUUGGGUUAAAGGUUUUUGUUUUGGGGAGGGGGAGGUUGAGGGUGGCCUUCUUUUUUAAAAUGAUAACUGAGUUUUACUAAUUCAUGUAGCAUAAUUUUAAAUGAUGGAGGUGAGAGUAUUAAUGUGAAUGAAAACUUAAAAGUAAAUCGUAUUAGAAAUGAACUACAGUAGGGUCACACUAUCAUCACCACCUGAUCAAUGCAAUGUCACUUCUUUAAAAAAAGAGACAGAAACACUGUUUUCUAAAGAUAUAAGACUAUUAAAACACAAAUUAUGUGCGUGGUUUAUGUAUAAUAUACUGCAGACGUAGUUACACUUGACCCUCCUGAUACUGCUUGUUCCCGACACACUACUUACUCAUCAACGUGUAUUCUUUAUCUUUUCUUGAAAGGUCCCUAAUGGUCAAUGAUGGGAGGAUCAAACUAUGAGCAGGACGAGACUGGACGUUUAGUUUGCACACUCGCCCUAGUAGGGGCUCACGUUACCUUGUUCACCCCUCAGUCUUUCGGUUUCCCACUUUAUGCUCCAAUUCCACUGAAGGGCACUUUAUGCAUCACGUGUUGUAUUUUACGUUAAUCUGAAUGUGUUUCUAUUCCUUGAGCGCACCUGUUUGUGUGGUGCCCUUUUUU